UCCAUUUCAAGUCCACAGGUGAUCGAGAGACUACAUAUUACUCCGUACUAUUGUUUUGGGUAAACCAUUUACUAUACGUCUAUAAUUAAACAAAAUACAAAGGGAAAUUAAAUUAACUGCGCACCAAAUAACAAAAUAAUAAUCGCGAUAAAAGCAAGAGAGGGGGAGGCAAAGUCUUCAACAUUUAAAGCCAAAAUCACAAGAAGCUAAGGGAGUUCGUCUGGUUAUUGAAAAUGUUUUUGAGAGCAACAAUUUUGGCGUUUCUGCUGGUCGGCUUGGCCGCCGCCACCUUUGAAAGAAAACCAUACCCACCUUGCGACAAGUGUAACUGCGUCGGGAAUGGGUGCGAGGGAAGAUUCCCGGCGGAGGCGGCGGUGGAGUGGCCAGACUUGGUCGGAGUUGAUGAAACAAUUGCGAGGGUGACCAUUGAGGAGACCAAUUCGUAUGUGACGGUGGUGACGGAAAAUGAUUACAAAAAUUGCCCGUAUCUGGUGGAUAGGUGUUGUAAUAGGGUCGUCCUAUGUGUUCAAUAUCACCCCACAAAUAAUGUGACCAAUGUCCCUAGGGUCGGAUAGAAUUGAAAGAAUUGAACUUCACAUUAUAUUCACACACAUUUUUGUUUUACAAUUUUAAUACAUAUUACUACACCGAUCAUGAAUUCUUUCGAGUGUAUCACAAAAUGAAAGUGCUAUUUCUUAAGGUACUAAAGAGUUGCAACAUCCUUUUUGGUCCAAAUAUUUGUAAUAGUUUGAUAUAUCAGUCCCUACCAUUAUAUUUGAGCUUGAUGUAUAAUGUAUUGCAUGGGAAUUGGAUUAUAUGAGUACAAAGUCGUAUUACAAAUCAAUACAUUACAAAAUAUCUUAAACCGGCCGGAGGGGAAAAAUAUACUAUCGUAUAUGUUUACUACGAAGUCUACUAAAAUUAAUGACAAAUUCCCAAAAUAAGAUGAAACAUAAUUUUGAGCCCGUUUGGAGACCUCUUUUUUCCGCUUAUCAGGCUUAUCAGCCAGCUUUUU